AAAACUCGUCCUUCCGCCACUCGCCAUCUUGUCUUCGAUGUGCGUGGACGUGUGCUACUUGAACCGAAACUGAUUUCUGUGAUCCAAGUGUUGUUUCCAGCCUUUUCGAGUGUCUCGAGAAGCUUGAGAAAAUGAGUUACGGUAGACCACCGCCCCGAAUCGACGGGAUGGUAUCUCUGAAGGUAGAUAAUCUUACGUACAGAACGACGCCGGAAGAUUUGAGACGCGUGUUCGAAAGAUGUGGCGAAGUCGGCGACAUUUAUAUACCCAGAGAUCGUUUUACCCGAGAAAGUCGUGGAUUUGCGUUCGUAAGAUUUUAUGAUAAACGAGACGCGGAAGACGCGUUAGAUGCAAUGGACGGAAGAUUGUUAGACGGAAGGGAACUUAGGGUUCAAAUGGCACGAUAUGGACGACCAACUUCUCCACACCGUAGUCGUGGUAGUCGUCGGCGUGGAAGGUCACGCAGCAGGAGCAGGGACCGAAGACGCUCCCGCUCUAGAUCACGUAGUAGAUCAAGGAGCCGUGAUAGGGAUCGUAGGCGAUCAUACAGCCGUAGUCGCAGCCGCUCGCGUUCCGAUAGUAAGAGUUCUCGUGGAAAGUCCCGUUCCCGCAGCAAGUCUCCGGACAGACAGAAGGACAGUCGUUCCAAAUCGAGGGACUGAAGUAAUCUAACCAUAUGCGAGUACAACUGUGAACAGAUGCACGCGCCGCGAGUGCAGAAUAAUCAUUUCUUGAGAACAAAAAGGUAUUCUAUUACCCUCUAUACCUAGAGCAACACUGUCGCACGUUCACAUUUCUUCUCACUUACAUAUUAAUUAUGACAACGCACUUCUUUGGGUUGAAAAGAAAGAAAAAAAGAAAAAGAUAAACCCAAAUUAAUUUUAAUAUAAUGUAUCUAGACUAUUGAGUUUAACAGACUCAUAAAUAUUUUCAUUUGCAAAUUUUUCAUAAUUAUUCUAACUUCGUUAAGCGAUAUAAGUAAAUACUUAUAUUGAAAGACAGUAAUUGUACUUUUUCUUUCACGUGUAAGAACGCUGUAACGAUUGAAACAGUUUGUUCUUGUGAUUGAUAUUUAAAUUCGUUACGAUCUUAUUAAGAGUUUGCAGAAUAUGGGCUAGCAUUAUAUUUGAUGUUUGUUCCUGCUCUUUGAGAAUUAUUUUCAUUUUUCAAAUUUUCGAGCAUAGAGCAGACAACGUUAGAAUUUACACUCUAUGGAUAAAUAAAAUUGUUGUUAGUUUGAUGAUACAACGUUUUUAUCUUACAUUGAAAUAAUAGUGUGCACAAGUUCUAGUACAUUGUCGAUAUAAGUGAGUUAUAGAUGAUGAGAAAUUCGUUCAUUUUCCUUUCGUUUUCUCGAAUCUUGUUGUAACUGUUUUACAACAUAUGUUGCAUAUAUGGGUAAUAACAGGCAAACAACUGUUUCGAUAAAAUGCCAAUUGUGAAAUCGUUUUUCAUCAAUUAUGAAAUUGUUCAUACCGAGCAACGUGGAUUUAAUAUUCCUGGAAAUGCAUAAGGGUGUUGAUGUUUAGUGGUAAUUAGCAGGUAAUGUAAAAUGUAUGUGGUCGACUUGAGUCCGACUUCUGUACAAAAUUUUUUAACUAAAUUUCUAAAUCAUAAUGAUUCUCUAAUUUUUCUAUUAGUUACAAUUAAAUUUCGAUAAAUACCAAUUAGAAAAAAAAAAAGAAAGUAAAGUCAUGAUACAUGCAAACUGUAGACUAAGUUCUGCGUUUCUGUAAUAGUAUGCAGGUUUAUUUAUGUAAGUUUGCCAUUUCUAAUAAAGUAUAAUUAAAUACAGAAGA